AGGUAAAGCCAUGUGGAAAUGUGUCAAGGCAGCUACUUUAUGGAAUAUGGACUAUUUGGGAGGAAAGGAAUGCUAGAAUAUUCCUAGAGAAGGAAAGAAGCUUGGCUGAAGUGAAGGACUGUAUUUUGACAAGAGUAAUCCAUUGGUUGAAGACCUUGGGUAUGUUUGCUGAUUUCUCAUUUGAUUACCUUUAGAGGGGUCAGCAGUGGCUAACCUCCACUAAGAAGAAUAGAAGUGUGAUAGAAUGGGAACCUCCUCCGGAAGGUGUCAAAUUAAACUUUGAUAGGAGCAACCAAGGUAAACCUGGGCCUCAGGUAUAGGGGGUGUGCUGAGGAAUAAGGACAGCAACAUAUUUCCUUCUUCUAGGGACCAGUGGGAGAUUCUACAAGGGCAGAAGUACUAGCUGCUGUACAAGGGAUUCAGAUUGUCAACCAGCUUGGGGUGGAACAUCUGCUGAUAGAAGGGGAUUCUUAAGUGGUAAUAGGCUGGCUCUCUAACACUGAUGCUGUCAUUUGGGAAUACAGAGACCUCCUCAAAAGGGGGAAGUGGCUAACUAAUAAUAUGAGAGUUGAUGUUAAAUGGGUGAACAGGUUGGCAAAUACUAUGGAUGAUUCUUUGGCCAAACUUGGGGUUUCCAGGCAAGAUCUUUUUUUGUGCUACCUUGUAAUUUGUUCUAGUGAAUAGGAAAGCUGUACUUUUUUAUCCUUUGAGAUUAAUAAAAUUCUUUCAAUUAUCAAAAAAAAAAGAGAAAGAUGUAGGGAAAACUAUAGCCGUAGCAAGAGGAAGCUGGAAGAAUAAGAUGGAUGUCCAAGAAAGAAGAAUUGGACCAAGAUGCUUGUAGCUAAAGUGAAGCAAGAGGUUCAGGAUUGGAAGAAACGGAUCCCCUCCCAGCCCACACACAAGGAGGAAGCAUCAACGUGGUGGGAGUCCCGGGCCAAUACCAAUCGGACAUGCUGAUCGAAAAAUUUGAACAGAGCCCGAAGCUCUAGCUCUUUUUCAGCAAACAAGGAGCAAAUUCAUCAACAAGGAAGUUGACAAUUAGAGCUUUGGUGGAAGUAUUCAAGAGACCCUUGGAACCCUAUUGACUUGAGCGCACCAGUAUAGAAUUCACACCAGAAGACAUGUUGGCGACAAACCCCCAUCACAACCAACCCCUGUACAUCACAACGAGGGUGGGGGGCUUCGAGAUGCGAAGAUCCAUGGUCGACCCUGGCAACUCCGUCAACCUCAUUUCCAUCCAUACCCUGAAAUUAAUGGAUGUGUAGCGGGAGAUAGUGAAAGGCUUGCCCAUGGAGGUGACUGAUUUCAAUGGAAACACAUCUAUAACAAAGGGAUCCAUCGAGUUGCAAGUAUCAAUCAAGCCAUUCUCCGCCAUGCAAGAGUUCCAAAUCAUUUCUAGAAAAACCACGUACUACACCCUGUUGGGCGGCCACUCACACAUAGUUUAGCCCUCAUACCUUCGACAUACCAUCAGUGCAUCAAGGCAAAGCAUAAGGGACGUGUGGUUAGGAUUCCGCCAACUAGGGUCCCUUUUGACAAGUCCGAAGCUCACCUGCAAGACACAAUCUACUACAUCGAGUUGGCCGACGAAGGCAAGACAAGAGUAGCUAGAGUGGAAGGAGUGUAGCUGCCGAGCCCUACGAACGAACCUCUGAUCGCACCGGAAAAGAAGAAAAGAACAAGGUGCGUACGGGUGACUGGUGACAAUGGGAAAAGCUACUACACCAUUGUCACGGAUUAUGAAGAUGAUGAACCGCUAGCAGCUAAAAAGGCCAUCUCAGAGGUUAGCAGAAACGACUAUUGAUCCAUUCCUAAAAUAGUUCAAAGGCUUCUGAAAAAGAAAAUAAUGGACCCCUACUCAGGAGGGAGCUGGAUGAUGAUUCCAAGUGCCUCAAAUCACAAUGCUUCAUCAAUAACAUCAAAUCAAGACCAUUCUCACCUUCAUCAACAAUAUCAUCAUCAGCUGCAGCAGCAGCUGCAACAGCCGCAGCAGCAACAGCCACAGCGCCAUCAACAACAUCAUCAGCACCAGUCACUGGCUUCUCAUUUUCAUCUCUUGCAUUUGGUAGAGAAUUUAUCUGAAGCUAUUGAAAGUGGCACACGUGAUCAGCAUUCAGAUGCUCUGGUAAAUGAAUUAACUAGCCACUUCGAGAAAUGUCAACAAUUAUUGAACUCAAUAUCAGUAUCGAUCAACACAAAGGCCAUGACAGUUGAUGGACAGAAGCGUAAGAUGGAGGAAAGCGAGCAACUCCUAAACCAGAGAAGGGAUCUGAUUUCCAAGUACAGAAGCUCUAUUGAAGAUCUGGUUAAGUCAGACAGAUAAUGUAUGUUAACAAUACUGCAAGUAGUUUUUACCACACGUGUUUUAGUAAAUAUGCUUUGUCCAUUCCAGAAAGGCACAUCUUAGUUCAUUUCAAUGUUGUCAUUUUUUAUGAUAUAUAUACUGGAAAAAGAGAUUCCUGUAGGCUUUUUUCCCUAUGUUGGGAACAUAUGGAGAUACCCCUAUUUCUUUACUUACCUAUUGUGCAUAAAGAUGCAUUUUUAUAUAGCCUGUACUGUGUCUUGAUGGCAGAGGUGGGCGCAAUGUCAAAUGAAAUGAAUACAAUUGACAGGUU